GAUAUGUUUAAGAAUAUGACGCAUUGUCCUCACCCAUUCCCUCUCUCACUCGCUCCUUCCCUCUCCCGCAGGAUCCUGGUGGGGGCGCCGAAGGGGACCAACCUACAACCCGGCACAAAUGAGUCCGGGGCCCUCUUUAAGUGUCCUCUCACCACCAACACCGACGACUGCGUUCAGGUCCACACCGACGGCUUCAGGAAUCCGAGAACAAGGCGCUACGAAUUUGACUAUCUCGAAGACAACUCCCUCUCCGAGCCCGUCGAGGAUGAGAUCAAGGACGGACAGUGGCUCGGCGUCACCCUCAAGAGCCAGGGACCAGGCGGCAAAGUGCUGGUCUGUGCCCACCGCUACAUGCACAAGGGCCCUAAGUUCCAGUGGGGCUACGGCCUCUGCUAUAUCCUCACCAAUAACCUGGACGUCAUGGACAACCUGGAGCCCUGCAGAGGAAAGCCCGUCAACAAUGGACACCAGCAGUACGGGUUCUGCCAGGCGGGCACCAGCGGCCUGCUGCUGGAGGACGAAGUGGUGCUGGGCGUGCCGGGGCCCUUCACGUGGCGCGGCACCGUCCACACCUCUAACAUCUCCGACAACUUUCUGUUCAAGGACAAGACUCAGUACUUUGGCCCAGUGACGGAGACUGAUUAUCCCGUUGACAAAUACAGCUACUUAGGCUACUCCGUGACUGCCGGCCGCUUCUUCGGGAACUACAUGUCUUACGUGGGUGGGGCGCCUAGGUCCCGGGAGACAGGCCAGGUCGUCUUCUUCACAAGGGAGAAGAUCGGCAACAGUUUGCUGCGUGUGGACCUCAUUCUGGACGGAGAGAUGUUUGCCUCGAGCUUUGGCUAUGAAGUGCUUGCCAUCGAUAUCAAUGGUGACAAGCGAGAUGACCUGGUGGUGGGCGCUCCCUUCUACUACAGUCGCGUCGCCAGUGGUGCCAUCUAUGUCUACAUGAAUAAUGAAGGCGGCUUCCAGGAAAACCACCCGUUCACCAAGAUUGAAGGUCUAGGUCUUGCAUUUGACAAGUACAUGAUGCCAGUGCCACUCAGUGCCACAGGAGCCCCAGGGGAGAGCCGCUUUGGGUCCUCCAUGACAUCCCUCGGUGACCUGAACCGUGAUGGCUACCUGGACGUGGCUGUUGGUGCGCCUUACGAGGGCCGUGGCGUCAUUUACAUCUUCCUCGGCUCCAAGGACGGGCUGGUGACAGAACCUGCACAGGUCAUCCGUGCCGAGGACUUGCCAGGCACGCCAUACGAUGCCUUUGGGUACUCCCUGAGCGGCGGCAUGGACCUGGACAACAACGGCUACCCAGACCUCCUCACGUCUUCCUUCUGCAGCGACCGAGUGCUCCUCCUCAGGGCUCGACCCAUCAUUGAUAUAGAAACCAGGGUCUCCUCCAACGGCCAGCUGAACAACAUUGAUCCAAGCAGGAAAGGUUGCCGAGAAGACAUCACAGCCAACGAAACCUGCUUCUCGUUUGAUGCUUGCUUCAAGAUGGACAACAAUGCAGGAACCAGGACUGGCCUGCGGCUGCACUACACCAUCGAGGAACGACCUUACCAGGACCGGCCACUAGCAAGAGUCCGGUUUGCUGACAGCGCACCCAAUGAGCCGAGCGAGGUGCAUCGCAACAUUGUCCUGAGGCCUGAGGACAUGGGCCUUUUCCUCUGCUCCAAAGAAGUUGUUUACCUCCUGGAAGGGUCACGUGACAUUCUUCGUCCACUGAGGUUCAAGUUGACAUACGAGAUCAUCCAGAAGGAUCCGACACCCGUGGCCGAGGGCGACCGCAUGCCGGACAUCAACGAAUACCCAAUCCUCAACCAGAAGGGAGCACUCAGGUACUUUGAAGGAACCUUUGCUAAGGAAUGUGGUGAUGAUGAACUCUGCGAGAGUGACCUUAACGUGACAGCCAGUCUUGACCUUGAGUACAACAAGAUACAGAAACACCACCUGCUGAGGCUCGGGGAGCAGGACACGGUGCCUCUGCUGGUGGAAGUGACCAACAGCAAGGAGCCUGCCUACGAGACCUCUCUCCUAGUCACCCACGACAAGGCUCUCACCUUUGACCAGUCUGACUCUAAGGUUGGCAUUUACCAGUGUUCCUCAACUGGUCCAGGGGUCGUGAAGUGUGGUGUGGGCAACCCUCUCCUCAACUCCACUGGUACCCUAAAUCUGACCUUCAGGGAGUCUGGGAACAUAUUUGACUCAAGGUUCAUCUACUUCUCAGUGCAGGCCAACUCCUCCUCCACCGAGCUCACGCCUCAGGACCCUGUGCACUUCAGAGUGGAGGUCAUCAAGAGAGCUGAAAUAUCUAUCAGAGGAGAUGUGACUCCCGAGCAAGUGUUUUAUGGUGGUGAGGUUGUCGGCGAGUCUGCCAUCAAGCACUUCGACGAGAUAGGCAUGGAGGUGACACACAAGUACUCGGUGGAGAAUGGAGGGCCGUGGAGGGUGGACGAGCUGCAGGUGGAGAUUCUGUGGCCGUACCAAGUGGAGAACGGCAAGGCGGAGGGCAAGUGGCUGCUCUACAUGACCGAGCAUCCGACAGUUGAUGGUGUUGGAGAGUGUGAGAUUGACCCAAGCUACAUAAACCCCUUGAACCUCCGAAGACCCAGGACAGAGGCCCAGAUACAUGAGGUUGAUCUUGAGAGAGAGACAACCGAUGGGGUGAGGCCGGCACCAGAAGAACCCACCGACACAGGGGCCGGAGUAAUUGUCACGGGCACCAAAGUAACAAAAACCACAAUAACCAAGAAGGUGACGAACAGUACAGUUAAAAAGACGACGGCAAAAACAUCAUCGGAAAAGAAAUAUUCUUCAUCUACAUCAGGAUCAUCAUCAUCAUCCACGGGUUAUUCCUCCUCCUCCUCAUCCUCAUCAUCAUCAGGCUAUGACGGUCAUGGCGACAAUGUGGAAGGAAGUGGCUAUGAUGAUGGCAGCCGGGUGCAUGGGAGGACUCAUUCCCGGGUCAGCCGAAGAGUCUUCUCCUCCUCGGACAAGUCGAGGUUUAAUGAAAAUGAUUUGGACGGCAAGACUGGCGAGGGAGAGGAAGACGAGGAUGGCCGUGUCAUCACCCAGUAUGAGAGGACUCACCACUCAUCAGGAACAUCACCAGAUGGCUCAACAACCUUCAAGGAAACUCGUCGUGAAAGCAAGAAGGUGACCGUCAGCGAGAACACGAACACAGAACACAUCCCAAGCAGCAGGUGGGGCCAAGGCGGGGGAUACAGGCGCACAUACACCUCAAGCAGCUCCUCUUCCUCCUCCUCUGAUGGUGAACCUGAGGAGGCUCGCACACGCUGGGAGACUCGCCGAACUUACUCUGCAGGACAGGAUGGUGAUGAUCAACUGGGCGGCACCGACUCUUCAGACAGACGCACAUACACCUCAAGCAGCUCCUCUUCCUCCUCCUCUGAUGGUGAACCUGAGGAGGCUCGCACACGCUGGGAGACUCGCCGAACUUACUCUGCAGGACAGGACGGUGAUGAUCAACUGGGCGGCACUGACUCUUCAGACAGACGCACAUACACCUCAAGCAGCUCCUCUUCCUCCUCCUCUGAUGGUGAACCUGAGAAGGCGCGCACACGGUGGGAGACUCGCCGAACUUACUCUGCAGGACAGGAUGGUGAUGAUCGACUGGGCGGCACUGACUCUUCAGACACUUACGGCAGGAGAGAAGAGAGUUCCAGGCAGUACAGCAGAACACACACCUAUGGUUCAAGCUCUGGAGACACUCACUCAGGUGGCCUUGGGGAAGAUAACUAUCACAGGACACACGAAGGAGGAGCUGUGACUCGGACGAUCGGAGGUGACGGCUCUUACCUUACCGAGAGUGACCGUAGGACCCGGACAAGAGUACAGGAAGGUGCCAACGACAGAGAGAGGUUUGCAUGGUCAGAUCAGACUGAAGGAAUCCCAUAUGACAGGGAGCACAGAGGCAGGAGUGGCGAAGGACAUUAUAAUCAAGAGAGUACUCACAGAUCCCGCACUACAGAGUCAAAGAGUAUAUCAGGAGGUGAACCAUACCUGGAUUCUGAUGGCGACAGGUAUGGAAGCAGAAGAGUCGAGUCACAUGAUCAAUGGAGCCAAACCAGACCCACAAGUAGCCAAGGCCAUGAUGAUGAUGGAUUCAGAAGACGCCAAGAUUACAGUUCUCGUGGAGGACAUGACGACAGAUACUCCAGCAGUCAGAGCUACAGGAGCCACAAUGACGGGAAUACUGAUGAGGCAGCAAGAACCUAUUCCAGUGACCAUGAGACAGCAAGGGGAUGGCAGUCUGAGGAUACUCACAGAGGAACAAGCGAAGGUGGUAAAUGGCGAGACAGACAACAGCUUGAUGCAGACAGCCAUAGUGAAACAAGAACAUCUGCCUGGCACUCACGUUCCAGCUCAGGACACGAAAACGGAGAUGAGGCAAGAGCUUCCUCGCAUCAUUUCACCCACAUGGAGUCUGGGGACGGCACAAUUCAGAACGGCACAUACACACGCGUUGAGGUUGACCCCGAAACCGGCGAGACAAACACGUUCACUAGCAAGGUCGUGUACAACAGAUGGCCAACUGACCAUGACCUCCUCAUGGCACAAAGGGACGCCUCCUAUUCGACUGGUGAGGAGCACGAGCUGUCCGGUGACCACCAGAGGAGCGGCAGGGCAAAGCGUGAGAAGGAACUGAUCAUCAAGCCUCAGGCAGUGACUGAUGAGAAGACUGGAAAAACUAUGCAAGUAGUUAACCUGCAAUGUGACGGCCCGGCAACAGCCAAGUGUUUUGCAUUCCGCUGCAACAUCCGCCACUUGGGAGCUCGACGAACAGCAAGCAUCCACAUCAAGUCCCGUCUUUGGAAUGCCACACUGGUCGAGGACUACCCACGCGUCAGCUAUGUCAGCAUCAAGUCCAAGGGCUCGCUGAUCCUUCCAGAUGACAUCCGGGAGGACCAGUCACAGGAGGACGACGUGGACUCCGCCCAGACACUGGCGUACCCGGACCUGCUGGACCAACUGCCGCCUGAGGAAGUGCCUUUGUGGGUGAUUCUGGUGUCCAUCUUUGCCGGCCUCUUGCUGCUCAUCCUCAUUGUGCUCGUCCUCUGGAAACUUGGUUUCUUCGAGAGGAGGAGGCCAGACCCGACGCUCUCAGGAAACCUGGAUAAGGAUGCUAAUGGAUACUAAUUUAUUUAUUUCUUUUAAAGUAAUUAAUCUCUUAACUUGUGUUCAUACAAAAGUGCCAAUUUUUAUAUAAACAGUUCUUGAAGAAUUAUAGCAGGAUGUAACCAUGUGUUACAUUCCUACAUAAAAGAUAUAUAUAUCCUAUAUAUAUUUGUAAGUGCUUUCUAGUGUCCGUGUCUGUGGUGAGUGGGCAGUCUUCCUUAUUUAAUUGCACUAAACCUGAAGAGUAUGAGGUCACAAAACAUCAGCUUUUUUGAAGUUGUUUUCUACAGCUACUUAACCUGUGAAGGCUGACUGACCCGUGGGCUUGGGAAGGCUGACUGACCCGUGGGCUUGGUCUGGUUGUAUGUGACUGCCACUAAACCUGUUUUGCUGCUGCUGUGCCAUGACUGUGAUGUUUCCUGUGCCUUUAACACUAGGCAGUGAAGGAAUGACCCUAGGUGUAUGUAUACUGUUUCGAAUACUGAGAAAAUAAUAGAGCUACUUUCCUGGAGUGUUGCAGGUAGAGUCAGUUAUUAGGAACUAUAAUGAAGUAGUGGAUGAGAUUUUAUUUUCACAAGAAAUAUAUUAUUGCUUGAAAUGGCUCCUGUACAGAUUUUGUAACUAUUUCAUGCAGUGCUUAGAUAUGUGCUUUAUGGGAUGUGUACGUGAUUGUGUGUGUGCGCGAGUCCACAAGCAUGCCUGUCUGUGCUGCUGCUGCUGCUGCCAGGAUGAAAGACUGAAUGGUAAAAAUGAGCUCUCCUUCCCCGGUGCCUCAGGGACUUGGCACUGAUUUUAAUUACUUUGUGUGGCAUUAUGCCAUGAAAUGCUAAUACUGCUUCUUCCUUAGUGUGCUGAUGGGUGCUGGAGUUCUGUUAGGGUAAUGUUUUUUAAGUAUUUACAGCUCACAGGUGACAUAAUUUACUUACUGCUUGAGAGGCUUUAAAUAAUGGUUUGAGUUCCCAAGCAAACAAAUUGUUCAUGUAAUGCCACAUCAAAGACUUUUUAAAAAUGUGCCUCUUGAAUAACCAAGUGCCUUCCUUUUGUUCGCUGUGCAGACUCUGAGGCUCGGGAUGGACGAGGUGAUGUAUGAGUGAAGAUAAAAGACUUAUUUCCUUUUUUCAAGUCUAGUUUUAUACAUGAAAAAAUAUUUAUUUAUGUAUAAAUGAGUGACAAGCUUUGAGCACCUUGUGAAACCAAGUUUUGUUUGACUUACUUUGCUCCAAAAAAAUUUAUCCUGAAUUGGGUGGAUUUUAUCUAGAAAAAAAACUUUUACUGACCCUCAAAUUAUUUACAACCUGAUCCCCAUUUACCAAGCACUCAGCUUUCAUAACCAUAAAAAAACUGCCAGAACUCUGGCAUACAUGUGAGUUAAUUAAUUUCAUUAAAGCUUUAAAAUAUCCAGCCAUGAUCAAUGAAACACUUUGUUUCACAAGGCGCUCCUUUACUCUCCACAUAAUCUUACCUACUUGCCGAGUAUGAUUGUUGGCUAAGCGAUGACCGUUGAUUAGUGACACCUUGGCUGCCAAGACGUCUGUGAUGCCAAUCCUUGAGGCUUGACAUUGUAGGUGCCAACCCUGCCAUCCACAUGGUGUGACAUUUGGGGCAUCUGGAGGAAGUGGCAAAGCUGUGACCCGCUGGCGCUGCGUCCUGCGUUGCCUUGUGCCAUUACCACUCACUCUAUUCUCCAGAAGCUAGUCGAGUCCACGGAAGUGGUUCUCAUCUGUGGAGUGAGAUCAGUUUAAUAUUAUGCACAUGUACUCCUGCAAUGCAUUUCUCUAUUCAAGUACAUACUGAGAGUGCACACAUUUUGUAUCUGAUGGGAAUUUUUGCGAGUGAAGAUGUACAUCACAUGAUCAUCCAGUGUGCGGCUUUUGUGUGUGUGUGUGUGUGUGUGUGUGUGUGUGUGUGUGUGUGUGUGUGUGUGUGUGUGUGUGUGUACACACACCACAAAAGAGUGAAUGAACAUUAAUUUUAUGAAACUAAUGUGGUUGUUCUGCUUCAUAUCUUGUUUCAUGUAUAUAUGUAGAUACUUGGUGAUAAUUGCUGUUUUGUUAUGUACUAAGUCAUAAUUCAUUUUUUUCAUGGUCUGUUGUAAUAAGAUUCUCAUACCUUCAUAAAUUAUAUUGUUUAGGAUCUCACUGGACAAGUAGAGAGAGGAAGCUUUACCUGUGUUACGACGCUAAUCACUGAGAAGCUGGACUCACCCGAGGAGUAAUCAGUGUACUUAUACUGUUUUCAUCUGCAGAGAAUGUGAUUUUCUUUAUCAGGAUGUGAAUGAGGUGAUGUGUAUAUAUGUUCAGGUGACUGAAUGUUGUACAUAUACAAUAAAGAGAAUUCUAACUAAUAAAA